AGAUUAGCAAAACAAUUUCAAACAUGGAAGCGCACGAAUUACCGGACUACAUAAGGCUAGGUGAUGGGACCUACGGGAGCGUCCUUUCGGCCAAAUCAAUUGAAAGCGGAGAAACAGUUGCCAUAAAGAAGAUGAAGAAAAAAUACUACUCUUGGGAUGAAUGUCUAGCACUAAGGGAAGUAAAGUCUCUACGCAAAUUAAGUCAUGCGAAUAUAGUCAAAUUAAAGGAGGUGAUAAGAGAGCAUGACUUUCUCUACUUUGUUUUCGAAUUUAUGAAGGAAAACCUCUAUCAAUUGAUGAAGGAUAGGGAUCGUUUAUUUCCUGAAUCAACUGUGCGUAAUAUAUGCUAUCAAGUAUUUCAAGGCCUAGCUUUUAUGCAUAAGAAUGGCUACUUUCAUCGAGACUUGAAGCCGGAAAACUUGUUGUGUAACGGGCCUGAUAUGGUAAAAAUAGCUGAUUUUGGAUUGGCGAGAGAAACAAGAUCGGCACCACCUUACACUGAUUACGUUUCAACGCGAUGGUAUCGGGCUCCAGAAGUAUUACUGAGGUCCACUUCAUACAAUUCGCCUAUCGACAUUUGGGCUAUGGGGACCAUUAUGGCAGAAUUAUAUACCCUUCGACCUCUUUAUCCAGGAAAUAGUGAAAUAGAUCAAAUGUUCAAAGUUUGUUCAAUUCAAGGCACCCCAACAAAGGUAGAAGACUGGCCUGAAGGCUACCAAUUAGCAUCUGCUAUGAAUUACAGAUGGCCACAAAUGGUUGCAACAAAUUUUAAGCAAAUCGUACCUAGUGCAAGUAGUGAAGGUUUAGAUCUCUUGAGAAGGACUUUAAUGUGGGAUCCCAAAAAGCGUCCUCAAGCUGUCCAGUGUUUAAGACACGGAUUCUUUACUGUUGGCAAUAAUCUUAAUAAUUCUCAAAAGCUUAAUAGGCCACAACAGCAGAAUACGGUAACGAAGCCAAUAUCAGUGGUUAAAGAGCCUGCCUUACCAUCUUUAGGCAAUUCAAAUGCUACCAGAAAACCUCUACAGGAAAAAGAUCCUCUAAAUAUUGUUACCGCAAAAAAAUCUGCUCAAAAACGAAUAGGAGGAGGCAUGUCUAGCGAUUGGGAUGACAUGGAUGAUUUAGGAUUAUCUAUGUCCUUACCAAGAAAGAACAGUCAUAUGGCAGCACCUGCACGUAGACCUAGUAUAGGCUAUAAUAAACCGACCCCCUUAGCGGCAAAACACUUUGAUGAUAUGGAUGACUUUGAGGAUAUUCUCAACUCUCUCGGAAAUCCAGCACCCAAGCCGCCUACUCAAACUCGUCAAGAUUCUGGCCGACGACUUUCCGCCUCUCAGCGCUAUCAAAAGAUGGCGCGGUACAAACCAGGUCACAAUCGAGUAUCUAGCGGUCGUCGAAAAGAUCGAGAUAGUCCCUUAUCAGGCCUUUUAUCACCUCUGCCUGGAAUCAAUAACAGGGGUAACGGCCAACGGCAUUCAAUAUUUGGACCGUCGUCUUACGGAAAUGCUGCUGCUAACAAAAACUCGACAUAUAUCCCAUCUUUUGCUGACAAUUCGAAGGGAACAACAGGUUUCAGGGCCAUGGGGCUUCGCCCAACACAAGCUGCAGCACCUAUUUCCACGUUAAAGCAGACAUCAGCUAAUAAGCAGCCUGUAAACGUUGCUGGUAGAACGGAUUGGACUGCAAAGUAA